UGCAGGUCGGAUUUGUGUUAGUGAAAGCAUUUGUAAAACGUUAAAUGUAAAUACUAACUCGUAGUCACUGUACGAAAGCAUGUAUUUAUAAACAACUUUAGUAAAAUUUCGAAUUACAUCGAGAUAAUUUUUGCUUAAUUCAACAUCACAUCUAAAAAUCACAAUCGAUAUAUUCUAUUUAACUAGUAUUAGUAAUUGUAUAUUUAAUUUAAUACUUAGAAUUAUAAUCUUAUAGUAAGAAUGUUUAAACGAAAAUUAAAGGCACUAGAUUACAUGGAUUGGGACAAAGUGAAUGGAAAUGAUCCUGAGCAUUUUCGUAAACUGGUUGUAUGGCUGGAAGAUCAGAAGAUACGCAACUACAAAAUAGAGGACAGGGAAUGUUUGCGCAACAUUCAAUCCGAAGAUUGGAUUAAAGUUUUUCAGGACUAUUGUAAUAAUGUGGCAUGUCCAAUUGUUUCUUCUCCUCUGGACCAACUGGAAUGGUUGAUUGGGCUUGCUAUUAGAUUAGAAUAUGAAGAUGAUCAUAAGAAAUAUCAAGAAGUGACAAUUGAAAAAGUAAAGGAGAAGUCAACUGUAGUUCCGAGUGUUAAGUCCACUAAUCCGUUAGACAAUUUGAACUUUUACAGUGAAGACUUUAAAAGUGGUGUGAAUGCAAUUGCAAAAAUACUUAAAGUGCCACAACAUCCUAAUCAUCUAAUUACUUUGGAGGCUUGCAGCAAAGUAGUAUGCAAAAGGUUAAAUCCAAAUGCAAUACAGAAUCCAAACACAGUUGUUAUUAAAGGAACUCCAUUUCCCAUCGGUGAUGUUGAUUUAGGUUUUAACAUGGGUGAUCCAGUUUUGAACAAUGCAGCUAAGGUUCUUCGGUUGUUAUAUAUUCAUGAUUUGAGAGAGUUACAGACUAAAAUUAAUGAAGCAAUUGUUAGUGUUCAAAAUAUUACUGCCAAUCCUAAAACUGAUACUAAACUUGGAAAGGUUGGAUUUUAAAUAUUUCAUUAGGAUUUUCAAGUAUUUUUUGUUAAGUCAAUGUCCAUUUAUAAUGUAUAUUUACAAAGCAGAUAAAGUGAGUUACAUUAGAAAUUACAUUUUUUAUUAAUAAAUACGUCAGGAAUGUACAUAUAAGUUAUUAUUAAAAAGUGUAGAUGUAAAGUAAAAAGUAAAGAUGAAAGAAUUAAUUAUCA